AUGGAAGAAAUUGAGAGGCUGCGGAGUCCCUCGUUUUCUUCACAACCCGUCUUUCCAUCCCGACACCAGCUGGAUUACGUGAGAUCCCUGCUUCACCCGGUCAGCAGCGAAAUUGGACUUCGAAAUAGCGAGCGAGACGUGGUGGAAAAUGCAGUCCAGAAGCUGAUGGAAGCGACACACAACGAUUCAUCGCUGAGGAGUCAUCUCGGCCUCAAUGGAACAGUGACUUUUGAAAGUCACACGAACCUCGGUAUUACCGAUGACUCCCUUUCCGAAUCGACUGGCUCCAGACCACCCAGCCGAACGACUCGACGAAAGGCACGAGGGAAGGGUAACCGAGGAGAUCAGUUCUGCAUACACCGGACCUCUGAUGAUCAAAAUAUCCCUGUUGUCGCGAUUGAGUAUAAAGCGCCACAUAAGUUGAGACGCGACGAGAUUGUUACAGGGCUGGUCUCAGAGAUCCAGCCGGAUCGUGAUGUGAUUAACCAAGAGGGCGAGGGAUAUGAAUUUGCAGAUGCGACUUUCUACUACCGUCGCAUCCGGUUUGGGUAUAUCGAUACCGGAGAGGCAUAUGUUUUCCUCCACAUCCCUGACGAUCCAUCCUGUGUCUACUACUCCGUCUGCGUGCCAAGCCUAGACGUCCAAGAUGACGACGAGAAUCGACUCCAUCGUACUGCUGUUGCGCAAGCCUUUGCCUUUGUGCUUCAGGCCAUCCGAUCGCCGCCGCCCUGUCAAGCCUGGUAUGACGCUGCUGAGCAUCUCGAUACAUGGACCGUGGAGUAUGAGGACGUGCUGAUUGCGUGCCGCUCUAUCUAUCUGGAUCACGGGGAUCCCAUGGCUACACACUUGUGGCGAAAGGAUCAUCUUGAGGACCUCCAGGGGAAUUUUGUUCCGGUUUGUCUCGGUGUUGUGCACCUUAUCAAGCCCUACUACUUUGAUAGCGGUGUGUAUGAAGACUUCAUGUUCCUUAGCUAUGGCGGGCGACCAGUCUUGAAAGAAUUGAGAGACGUCAACGCAGAUAUCGCCAACGAAAUUCUUACCGCGCUCGCUCGAUUGCAUCAACACGGAGUCCUCCACCGCGAUGCAGAGCCACGCAAUGUGCUCUACGAUAAACGCACUGGCAGGUACAUGAUCGUGGAUUUGAUGCUAGCGAGAUUCCAUACUCGACAACCUCUCGGGCCCGUCAACGUCAACGUCAACAGUCGAAAUCGGAAGAGGAAAUGGGCGCCAGGAAAGCAUAAGACGGACGUUUUUGCUGCUGAGGCGCAGUCCUUGCGGGCGAGUCUGACAAAAUAG